AUGUCUGCUACCCGUCUCUUCUUCCUGCUCGCUUGCUUUCUGGGCCUUGCAAGUUUCGUCGCCGCGUCAGAUAUCUCGUAUCAGGGCAUCCCCAGCUGUGCUAUCAAAUGUAUCUUCCAGGAGAUCGGCCAUUCGUCCUGCCCCUUAACGGAUCAAAAAUGCAUGUGUAACGAUAACGUUUUGGCGGGAUACGUGCAGGUAUGCGUCGAGGCAAAUUGCACUGUCAUGGAGAUGCUCGCGGCACGCAAUUCGUCAUUGGCUGCCUGUGGUGUUGCCCCUGCUCAGCAGGAUACCGUCAUGGCGUGGUUCAGGGCGGUUCUUUUCGCCCUACCAACCUUUUUCAUAAUCGUGCGAAUGGUCAACAAGUUUCUAAAGCUGUCGCCUUGGGGUUGGGACGACACAACCAUCGUCAUAGCCUAUGCCGUACUAGCAGCUUUCCUGCCAGCAGCAUAUCUAGCCGAACAAACUGGUGCAGGGAGAGAUAUAUGGGCACUGUCAGAAAACCAAAUUACUGAUUUUCUUUUGCUAUUUAUCAUAUUCGGUAUGCUCUAUAUGACCUGCCUAGCCUUUAUCAAGGCCUCGAUCUUAUUUCUAUACCUGCGAAUCUUCCCCGACGAAACCUUCCGCCGAAUACUUUGGUGUACUCAGCUGUUCAACCUUCUUCUUUGGAUCGCUUUCAUCGCCGGUACUUUCGGCUCUUGUCAGCCCUUGCACUUCUUCUGGCAUGGAUGGAAAAGAGAUAUGGAGGGCAAAUGCUUCAACUUGAACGCCUUUGCCAUGUGCCAUGGCGCAUUGAACGUGGCUCUGGAUGCAUGGAUGCUAGUACUUCCAGCAACUCAAGUCUAUUCGCUGAGGAUGCAGCGCAAACAGAAGCUGGGCGUGAUGUUGAUGUUCGGCGUAGGAGUUUUUCUCACUGCCGUUAGUGCCUAUCGAAUCAAGGCCCUUCUCAUCUUUGCGACAUCAUACAACGUCACAGGCAAGUCCGAAACAAGGGACUCACCGUCAGCUAUGCACAGUACUGACAGCAACCGCAGCCGACUCAUUCCAGAGCUCUCUCUGGUCCAACAUCGAGCUAUGUGUUGGUAUCUUCGUGUCUUGCCUUCCGAGCACACGUCAAGUCUGGAGGAAACUAUUCCCUAA